CAGGAGUCUCAUGUACGUGUCUAGUGGUCUGUAUAUAUUUCUAUGAUACAAACCAGAGCAAACACAUGAUGUGUUUGUGUACAUCUAUGGACUAUUUGAAGCCUGCAAUAUAUUAUGGGGAAAAAUAAGAGGAAGCAGUGGAAAGGGCAGAAGAAAGUUGGAGGAUCUGCCAAGUCUGCAAGAGAUGAGAGACCAGCUACCAGAAAAAUGGAUGGUUCCUAUUUUGAAAAUCCUGGGAAAAGUGGUCUACUCAAUGCUGAUGAAGAAGACUCGGUAGUUGAUGAGGAAUGCCUUGGUGCAUUUGCUUCCAAGGCAAUGACAGAUGAAGAUCAACGUAAAGCUUGCUUUCCCAGUCCAGUUGCGAUGUGGGAUCUUAAACAUUGUGAUCCAAAGAAAUGUACAGGCAGGAAACUUUCCCGGCUAGGCUAUGUAAGGUUGUUAAGCCUAAACCAAAGGUUCAACGGCCUGGUUUUGACACCUAUAGGACAAAAAUGUGUUUCGCCAAAAGACAGGGAUAUAGUAACAAGUCAGGGUAUUGCUGUUGUUGACUGCUCUUGGGCCAGACUUGAAGAGACUCCAUUCUCUAAAAUGAAGGCCAAUCACACGAGGUUGCUGCCGUACCUGGUGGCAGCCAACCCUGUCAACUAUGGAAAGCCUUGUCAACUUUCUUGUGCUGAGGCCUAUGCUGCGGCAUACUAUAUCACAGGCUACAAAGAACUUGGGAUGAUCCUACUAAACAAGUUCAAGUGGGGACCAGGCUUCUUUGAACUGAACAAAGAACUGCUGGAGAUAUAUGCUGCAUGCAAAACUAGUGUCGAAGUUGUACGUGCGCAAUUGGACUACUUGGCUCGCUGUCAGCAGGAGAAAGAAUAUAAAGCUGAGCAUGAGGAAGCCAUAGACAUGGACUUGGAGUUCUAUAAUCCUAACAGACUCGCAUACCGUCUGCCUCCCAGCAGCAGCAGCAGCAGCAGCAGUAGUGGCAGCACCAGUUGUAGUAGUGGCAGUAGUGAUGAAGAAAAUGAGAUUGAAGAGGUGCAAAACAACGAGGUAUUGUCCGAGGAGGAAGUUGGUGAAGAAGAAGAAACGAACAGUCAGGGGACAGACGUGAAGGAAUCUGAAAAGGAAGUGGCAAACAACCACAUGGUAGAAUCAGGGAAGGAAGAGGGAGAAGGUCAUCAUAGUAAUACUCAGCACGAACCGAAUCAGAAAGAGGAGCAGGAAGAAGUUGAGAGUAGCACCAGUGCAGGCGACAAAAAUGCUCCGCUACAAACGUACGUGGCAUGUGAUAACAGUGAUGACGAUAAGACUGAACUUCAAAAUUGUAUGCCUUUGGAACACUGAUCGUUAAAGGAUGCACAAAGAAAAAUUAACAACGAUAGAGAGAAUAUGCCAGGAUAUCAAGAGUAAUGUACAUAGUGAAGACAUUAUCAGCAGGUGGCAUGAUAACAAAUGUAAAUUUUUUUUCGCAAAACAGUUAGGCAGUCGAUCAUGUUGAAAUUGAGCAAAUGUGCUUGUCAGAGGAAAUUAAGUUUAGUUAAAGCAUAUUAGUUAGCUUGCAUAUUAGUUAAAUAAUUCAGAUAGAUAGAUUUACUGUAUAAAGGUUUUGCAAAACAACAUACAUGAUGGCAUCAAAUGAUAUAAAUUUUAAGUAUAUAUUCAUAAUAUACUAAUAUCUUUAAAAUUUUCUUGAUGAGAAAUUAUGUAAUGUUCAGUGUAAUAUAAAGCUAUCAUGCAAAAGAAUAUUAGCAGAAACUAUAUAUGGUCAUAUUUACAUAUUUACAUAUAUAAACAUGCUUCAACACCAUAAAUAGUUAUCAGCAUUGCAAUUAAAAUCUAAAAUGAGUUGCAGAAGAACUUCUCAUUCUCUGGGUAAGGCAGCUGUAAGGCAUCACAAAUUUUGAGAACCAUCAUAAAUUAUGUAUCUUGGUCAAAAUAACCAUUCUUGGGGUCCGGGCCCCCAUGUUGCCUUAACUGAAUUUUCUGCUAACUCCGCAGGAACGCACCUCCAAAUAUAUAAUGAAAGUCAAUAUAAGAACUCCUUUCAUAGUAUGCAUAUUUUGCUUUACAAAUAUUUAUUUAUGAAACGCUUUACUUCUGUUACAUGAGAUAUAGUGCUAAACUUAUUUAUGUGAAAAUAUUUCAUAAUAAAGUGCAUUUACGCGAAAAUAACUAUCUUAACAUGCACAAUGUACACUUAUACCAAGUAUAUUACUAUAUAUACUAUAAGUAACAAAACCA